AAGUAUGUUCUUUUCUGCUACACACUAUAAUUUGAUGUGCACUGGUAUAUGUAUGUUUCUUUUUGGUUUUGUUUUUUUUUUUAACAGAUUUCUGUGGAUACCAAAGCUCAGGACACAGUAUCAAUCUCAUCGUGAUGCUUGAACAUCUGUAGCUCACUGGAGGAUUUAAAAAUAAAUUCAGUAUGACCUAGUUGGCUUGACUAGGAAAUUUUAUAAUGUCUUCUGGGACAAGUAUCAGCAGAAAUAGGCAGGCUCCCAGACUGGAGGGUGUUGACCCAGAAACAUGCAUGAUAGUGUUUAGAACACACUGGGCACAGGUUCUGAAAAUCUUAGAGAAGCAUGAUCCUUUGAAAAAUACUCAGGCAAAGUACGGGGCAAUCUUACCUGAUGAGGCCAGCACUGUGCAGAAUUAUGUGGAGCACAUGCUUUUCUUAUUAAUUGAGGAGCAAGCAAAAGAUGCCUCAAUGGGGCCUAUUCUGGAGUUCGUGGUCUCAGAAAACAUCAUGGAGAAGCUUUUCCUUUGGAGCCUACGGCGAGAGUUCACCGAUGAGACAAAAAUUGAGCAACUCAAAAUGUACGAAAUGCUCAUAACCCAAUCUCAUCAGCCUUUGCUGCAUCACAAGCCCAUUUUGAAGCCUUUGAUGAUGUUGCUGAGUUCCUGCUCAGGAACAACCACUCCAACAGUGGAAACAGAGUUGGUUGUCCUCUUGAGCCAGCUCUGCUCAAUAAUAGCCAAAGAUCCCUCCAUUCUAGAACUGUUUUUCCAUACUAGUGAGGACCAAGGAGCUGCCAAUUUCCUAAUUUUUUCCCUGCUGAUCCCCUUCAUCCAUCGAGAAGGAACAGUAGGCCAACAGGCCCGGGAUGCACUGCUUUUCAUAAUGUCUCUGUCUGCAGAAAACAACCUUGUUGCAAACCACAUAGCAGAAAACACCUAUUUUUGCCCAGUGCUAGCAACAGGACUAAGUGGCCUCUAUUCAUCUUUGCCUACAAAGCUGGAAGAAAAAGGAGAAGAAUGGCACUGUCUGAUGAAAGAUGACUGGCUUUUGUCACCAGCCCUUGUACAAUUCAUGAAUUCUCUUGAAUUUUGCAAUGCUGUGAUACAGGUGGCACAUCCCUUGAUACGCAACCAGCUUGUGAAUUACAUUUACAAUGGAUUUUUGGUGCCAGUAAUGGCUCCUGCACUCCAUAAGGUGACUGUGGAGGAAGUGAUGACUACGACAGCAUAUCUGGAUCUCUUCUUGCGCAGUGUUUCAGAGCCAGAUCUCCUCAAGAUUUUCCUCCGCUUUAUUUUGCUGCACCGACACGAAAAUGUUCAUAUCCUGGAUACACUUACCAGCAGAAUCAACACACCAUUCCGGCUCUGUGUGGUCUCCUUGGCAUUGUUCAGAACGCUCAUUGGCUUGCAUUGUGAAGAUGUGAUGUUGCAGCUAGUUUUAAGGUAUCUGAUCCCAUGCAACCACAUGAUGCUGAGCCAGCGGGGAGCUGUGAAAGAGAGAGAUUGUUACUCUGUAUCUGCUGCAAAACUGCUGGCCCUGACACCUCUGUGCUGUUCCACUGGAAUCACUUUGACACUUGAAAGCCAAAGAAAAGACUACAUUCUCUGGACAAAACCAGCACAAACUAAAGAUCCUGGUAGACACUCUUCUGAAUCUGCUUGCAUUGUGGAAUAUGGAAGAGCUGUGGACAUCAGCUACUUGCAGUACCUGGGGGAAGCUCAGGAAGCCAUCAUGCAGUGCAUGAAAGACUGUAAGGUUUGGUCUGCCUUAUAUGAUGGAGUAAAUCCUGAUCCAGACACCUUUAUGCAGACACUUGCAGAGGAGAACAGUACAGGUGUGGAACACGCCAUAUUUCGGCUCCAGCAAAGGACACCUAGCACAUGUAGCUCUGCACAAGAAGCUCUGUUCAGUGAGAAGAUGCAGCUGGAGCUAGAAUGGGAUGAUAGCUAUGACACAGGGAUUUCUCCUGGUUCUAAUGUGAGCUCACCACAACCAUAUGAUGAUAUGGGAAGCACAGAAGUACAGCCACUUGCAGAGCCACCAAAACACAUUCAAGAAAUGAAAAAAAAUGCCAUUAUGGUCAUCAAAGGCUCUUACAUAGAGGAGUCAGAUUUUCAGGAUGAUGUUAUGAUUUAUAGGUUGUGUGCCCAGAAGGAUACUCAAGAUGAUGACAGCUCCAAGGAAAAAUCCUUAAAUGUAGCCAGAGAACACAUGGUGCAGAGCCAGACCAUAGUCAGUGGGUCUUUUGCAAAGACCCAGCUGGAAAUGGACUUGGAUGAGCACAGUAAGAGAAAUUCAAGCUCAACUAAAGGUGUAAAUAGAGAACAAAUAAACCAGAAUAUGUCUGAGAUUGAUCCACAGCCAGACUUAAAGAUUUCUUCUCAGGAGGCAGGUAGUAACUUAAGUGUAAAACUGCUGAGCACAGAUGACGAGGAUUUCAUUGCACAAUAUGACAGAAUUAUUAAGGAACUGGAUCCAAAGAGUAUAAGCUUGGAGGAGCAGAAGUUGGAUGCUCCUGAUCCUGUCUCUCCAGCAGAAGAAGAGGAGGACUUUGAGAAUUUCUCAGCAGAUACCCCUUCUGCAAAGAGUGUAUCAUCUCCCUUUGGACCAAAGGAGAAUGUCUCUCCCAAGCACUCUUCAAGGAGCCAGAGUGCACCAUUUACAGGGCCAUUCAUCAGCGUAGUAUUGUCAAAGCUGGAGAACAUGCUGGAGAAUUCCUUGCAUGUAAAUUUGCUGCUUAUUGGGAUUAUUGCUCAGAUGGCAAGUUAUCCACAGCCACUUCUUCGCUCCUUUCUGCUCAACACCAACAUGGUGUUUCAGCCAAGUGUGCACUCACUCUAUAAGGUGCUGGCAUCUGUGAAAAAUAAGAUUGAACAUUUUGCUUCCAUUGAAAAAGACUUCCCAGGUCUUCUCCUGGAGGCCCAACAGUACUUGCUUUUUCGUAUGGACAUGUCUGAUGCUGCAGAAGAGUUGCUCACCAAAGGUAAUGUCCAGCACAGCAGCAACACAGGGAAAGGAAAGAAUCUUCCCGAAGCUUACCCAGCUGUACUGCAGCCUUUCCUGGGACAGAAAGGAAAGAAAAGCCUGACUCAUCCCAGCCUUCCUGCACACGUGAGGAAUGCUGUACUUGCAGCUGCCCUUUUCCCAGAGUUCCUGAAGGAGUUGGCAGCUCUAGCCCAGGAACAUUCCAUUUUAUGUUACAAAAAAUUGGGGGAUUUUGAAGAUUAUUAA